AGCACACCGUUACAAAUCAUCUUGGAUAACACAUUACAUUUGCUGUUAAACCCUAAAGAAAAUGUGAAAGAAUUGUUUGAGAUGGGGAUAAAGGGAAUCAAAAUGGGGCUGUGUUUUGCAGCUAUUAUGUUGGCGGCUUUGAUUGGGGAAUCCAUGGUUCAACCACCUGAUCCGUGCAUUACUGUGAUCGCUACGAUGUUACCGUGCCUCCCUUUCCUGAUCGCCGACGAGGCGACACCCACCGCUGGUUGCUGCGCGGCGUUUUCCGGCGUACUUCUGUCUCAGCCUAAUUGCCUUUGCGCCGUCGUGAACGGCGGCGGUCCGGUGCCGCUGUUAAACCUCACCUUGGCGCUCCAGUUGCCUUAUUCGUGUAAUGUCAAAGGUAAUGACUCGGCUAGGUCUCCAUGUCCAUCAAGUACUCCGACGGCCGCCCCUUCCCCAACACCACCUUCAGGUGGAACAAAUAAUAGAGCUCCAAGUACAAGCCAGUCAGGAGGAAACACCAUAACAGUAAUGCCUCAUCACAUUCAACUUAUUGCCUCUUUCCUUCUUGUGGCCAUUGCUUCAGAUCAAGUUCUGUAGGGAUUGAUUUGUAUAUCUUAAUCACCAUCUAAAAUGCAAGACUAGUUUCCAUUUU